CAAGAGGGCAGCAAACACCGGAAGUCUAACAGGAAAUAAUUGAUGUGUUUGGGGAAGGCUUUAUUGUGGCGGACCAACAUGGCCGCACUCGGCAGGGGAACGGCAUUCCUUCGUUUCUUACGGAACAAUGCGCGCAUACUGAGCAGGAGCGGCAAACCCGCAGGACACAAGGUGGGAAGAUGGAGAAACACUGUAUGCACAAGCGGCGCAGCUCUGGUUGUGGGCAGUGGCCUUUUGUGCGCUGUACCCUUCACUCAGGUUCAAAGUCUCUCUCACGAAUCUCUGAUCAGAAGAGCAGCCUCUCUGGUUACGGACAGUUCCAGCACGUUCCUCUCUCAGACCACUUUAGCGCUCAUAGAUGCCAUCACGGAGUAUUCUAAGGCUGUGCACACGCUCAUAGCGCUCCAAAAACGCUACCUGGCCUCGCUGGGAAAACUGAGCCAAGCGGAGGAAGACUCCAUCUGGCAGGUGAUGCUCGGCCAGCGAGCAGAGGUCAAUGACAGACAAGAAGAAUGCAAGCGUUUCGAGUCAGUCUGGGUCAGCGCCCUCAAGCUGUGUGAAACGUCAGCCGAGGCGGCCUACGCUUCAGGGGCUGAGCAUGCAUCCAUCACCAUGCAGAACAACAUCCAGGUGGCCCGCUCCCAAGUUGGGGAGGUGGAGAAAGUCUCAAAAGACGCGGAGAAGAAGUUGGCUGAGGCAAAGGUGCUGGAGGUGGAGGCCAUGACUCAGCACGCCGCAACACUGGAGAAGAGUAACAAUGAGGAAGACGUGCCCGAGGCUUACCUCAGAGAGGACUAAGGCGCCAAGUAGAACCAUCGGUCUUGUCAUGAUUAUCCCCACAAAAUUGUUUUGAUUGAUUGUUUGACAAUUCAAGUGUUAUGUCUUCAGAAAUGGCGCAAAAGAAGUCAAGCAGUACUUCCACUACAGAGGAUGGUUAGGGAAAACGUUGCUGGAAGGGUGGUUGGUGCCUGGGCCAAGGAGGAUUUCUUCCAUGGCCUUUACACCACAUGUGUAUAAUCAAACAUACAAUCAAAUCAACAAUCAUCUUCUUGGCCUUGGCAAAGGAGUGCAAUAUUGAGGGGGUGUCUGAGUCAAAUGUGUAUUUCCUGUGAUCACAUUUUUUUUUUGUUGUUUUGCCAAAAUAAAAGCACAUUGUGUGUACUUUUGCAUAACAGAAAGGAAGGUUCACAAUGUUGUUCCAGGGGUGCACAAGUGGCAGCUUUUAGAAACUGUGCUAAAAAUGAAGCUGCUUCGGUUUUCCAAAACAAGGUUUAAAAACAGCACAGAACUGUGCAGUCUAAAUACUGUAUGAUCCACAACUUCUUUUUGUAGAAGAUUUGGGAACAAAAUGUUUCCUGUGGUCAGGGAAACACAUUAUUUUCCUGAAACUGCCUCUUAACACUCCUGGACGCCACGGAGAGCAGUCAUUU